GACAUCGAGAAACUAUUAAAAUAUUGACAUAUUUUUGUAAACGUUACUGAAUAAAGAAAGAUAGGUUGGUAGUCUACGACUGUCGUGUGUUAAAGAAAAGAAAAGAGUCAAAUGACAACGUGGGGAUACUUCUCAAACUGCAUUGGACGCCAACCUAUCACGCGCCUUUGCGGUGCUCACUCCUUUUUCCUAUUCACCGUAUUGUUCUCACUCAGUACCUAUCACUCAGGGUCAAAACGUCAUUAAACACGUUUUUUAACGCCAUCGGCUAUUAACGUGUAAUGUGUAUGUAUUCCUCUUUUACAAAAAAAUGUGUACUAUUAUAAGCUAAUAUUUAAAGUUAAAAUUAAAUGAACACAUGUGAACAACCUAGCUCGCUCCCUACAAACCCCUGAAAAACUAUUAUAAAUACACGCCUCUUGGACUAUCUCCUUUUAACUCUAAGCUUUCAUUUCUUCCUUCUAUAUUCACAAACUUCAAGAGAACUCGAUCCUUAAGCUGUAACGAUUCGACUUAAUUACUUUGUUAACUAAGACCGGCGUGACCGUGAUAAAAGUAGAGAUGGGCGGUCCUGGAUCAUCACCAUGUGCUUCGUGUAAGCUUCUUCGACGACGCUGUGCAAAAGAUUGCAUAUUUGCACCUUAUUUCCCUCCUGACGAUCCUCACAAAUUUGCCAUUGUUCAUAAGGUCUUCGGCGCAAGCAACGUCAGCAAAAUGUUGCAGGAGCUACCGGUUCAUCAAAGAGCUGACGCGGUGAAUAGUCUGGUUUUCGAAGCAAACGCACGAGUUAGAGAUCCAGUAUAUGGCUGCGUAGGAGCAAUCUCCUACUUGCAAAAUCAAGUCUCACAGCUUCAAAUGCAACUAGCAGUAGCUCAGGCCGAGAUUCUCUGCAUCCAGAUGCAACAGGAGCCAAAUUUACAGUCUCAUCAUCAAAUACUUGAACUAGACCAAGACGAUAAAAUUCUCUUGCUACACAACAACAUCGAUAACUGCAACAACAACAGUAAUAACAACUUGGGUUAUGCUAUGUCUUCCGGGCAGUUCAACUCUAACUUUGCUUCUCCAAGCAGUAUAAUGCAAAUGCAGAUGCAAAUGCAAGACCCUCUGAAGCAAGAAUCUCUUUGGACUUGACUUAAGCUAUUAUUGUAAUAUAAUCUUGUUGUUUGGAUAACUCAUAAGUGAAGUCUCGACAAGUUUGCUUCUUUGCUACGUUGAAAAAGAGAAGAUGGGAACAAGUUUCGUGUAAGGAAAGAAAUAGUACAAGUCAAAAACUUAAAUGCAUGCAUGUGAUGGUGAUAAGAUGUAGUUAGAAUAGAAGCUUUGGAAUUAGAGAUCUGUUUUUAUUUUUCCCUCUUAAUUUAGUUCACCAUUUCUAUUUUUCAUCCUCACAUCGUUUGAACAGUGAAAAUUAGAUCUAUUCCCAAACCCAGUCUAAUUUUCUUCACGUCUUCAAGAUUUUUUAUGAUUUGUCAUUUUAAGUCUUCAAUAAACCAA